UUGAGGAAAGGUGCUAGUCUGGAUGCGUUUCAGAAGGCCUCUGGAAUCCACUUGGCUCGGAGGCCCUUGAGUUGUAGUCUCCAUUGUUCAUUUGAGGGAAACUGUUUACGGACUUAACGAUAUGCAUCGAAUAUUAGUGUUGCUGUUGAUCUGCCAGACACUUUUUCGUUCAGCAGCGUCACAAUGCGCGCCGAACGAAGUGACGUGUGACGGCCGCUGCGUUACGCCAUGUGACGGGUUCAUGGAGUGUCCCGAUGGGGCCGACGAGACGACGGAACUCUGCAGCGCUAGGGAAUGCAGGGCCGACACCUCCCUCGGGCCGGCGGGCACGGUGGAGGACCUGUCGGGGAUCCUGGACGGGGCAACGAUCAACGUCCCGUCCAUGUUCCGCUGUGGGUAUGGCGGGUGCAUCUUCAAUCAGCUCGUCUGCAACGGGAGAUACGACUGCUGGGACAAGUCGGAUGAGGACCCGGCCCUGUGCGCCAAGAGGAGCUGUAACAGGCGACAGUUCAGAUGCACAUACGGAGCCUGCAUACCCAGGGUGAGCACCUGCAACGGCCUAUUCAACUGCCACGACGGAUCAGACGAGACUGCGGACCAGUGCAGGACGAAGCGUUGCAGGAGCAUCCAGUUCCAGUGCGCUUAUGGCGGCUGCAUCGACAAGAGGAAAACCUGCGACGGCAAAGCCGACUGCCGCGACGCCUCGGACGAGGACCGCGCCAUGUGCGGGACAGGGCACAACUUCGUCACCACGACUCUGCCGACUCUUAUGACGCCUCGUCCGGGUGCCAGUGUGACCGACACGGCCACGCUGCCUCCGCCAGUGGUGAUCGAAACAACCAAACCGCCUAAGCCAGAGGAAACGACGUGUCAGGACAGGGGGCUGUGUGCGUGUCCGCCGCCCGACAACCUCUUCUGCGUCCCGUGCGACAACGUCCAGCAGACUUGCGCGCAAAUCGCCCAAUCUGCCGUGUGCAGCACCCAGUCCGAGUUCAACGCAGGAUUAGUCAUCUCAGUGGACGUCCUCUCGUGUGGGGCUCAACCCUUGGUGAACGUUGCUGGUUACGUUAGGCAGUCCGGAGCCCCGUCUUGUGGUAGCUCGCAAGGGGUACCUGUGCUGUCAGUGGUAUUGGCCGAAUGUUGGGGCACGACUAAGGUACUGGCACAGUGCCACGCUGAUGGCACCUGGCGUCCCUUCGGCUCUUCCGAAAACAGCUUCCAGCCAACUCGCCAGCUUUGUCAGUUCCUGAACAUCAAUUCUCCUGUGUGCGGUCGCCGAGCUCACUUUCUGAGGCCAAAAGGAGUGUUGACAGCUCGCGGCCCACAACCUCGAUGGCCGUGGUUGGUGAGGCUCUAUAGGCACGGGAAAUAUGCCUGCACUGGCACCCUGAUAACCCCGGAAUACAUCAUCACAGCCGCUCAUUGUGUAACCCUAACACAGGAAGUGUCAAGAGAAACACUGGACCUCGUACACCUCAAUGUUCAACAUCUGACAUCCGGUGGCGAGGUGGUUCUGAACAACGUGAGUACGAUCCACCUGUUCCCCGGGUAUGCCACGGGGCCGCGCCCCUCGAAGGACGUGGCUCUGCUUCGGGUGCGGCGCCCCGUCACCUUCUCCAACAAGGUCUUCCCCGCGUGCGUGAACAGCGGCAGGUUCCCCGCCAAUGAUGUAGCAGCGACCUUCAAGCCAGUCUUCACGCACUACCACUGGGACCUGAUUCUCCAGAGGCACGACCCGCGAUGCCACUCGCCACAGGAACUGUGCGCCAACCUUCUGAAAAUCGACCUGGACCAGUUCUGCGGCAUCGAUAUAGAAGCCAAGCAGAUCCUGCCCGGGGGCUCCUCCGGCGGGCCUUACCUCGUCAACGUGGGCAGCGACGGCCGCGAGCACUGGGUGGUGGCGGGGCUGGUGUCGUCCCAGCGGAGCGGCUGCGACAGGCCCUACACCAUCUUCACGGCGGUCGUGGACUUCUGGCCGUGGAUCGACAGAUGCGUCCACCGGGGAGCGUGCGCGUGAACCCCGAGGCUGGUGGCGUGAGUGCUGCCGUUGGUGGUUGUGGUUGUUGGUGUGGUAGUGUUAUUGUUGUUAUUGUUAUUUUAGUUAUUACUUUAAUUCUCCUUAUUGUUGUUGUUGUUAUUACUUUUAGCUAUU